GGAGGGAGGGAGGACGCUCCAUCAGGACAUUUGGGCUCAUCGGUGCGGACUGGCGUUCGGGCGGGGAUGCUGAGGGACUUUCUGCUUCCACCUGCGGGACGAUGAGCGGGCGUCAGGCGGCGGGGAGGCGGCCGUCGUACCCUUGGCUUUGAUGACAGCGUCCGUGUGUCCCCUGGAUGGCCGCGCAGGUGAAUACGACGGUCGCAGUGAGAGGGAGGAUGCUGCCGAAUUCCUUUGAAAAAUAAUUCUUUUUUUUUCUCAAGAUGACGCUUCCAAAGGGAAAACGGUAUUUUUUGCCUUCCCCAUCAUCCCUUUUCUAGUCGAGGUCAUGCUUUAUGAGUCGCAAUUUUCCUGCUUCUGUCGGAGCGCACUUGUGAAACAACUGUAGGGUGGCGGGAGUCAUUGCCACACACCAAACAUUGCGGAUGCUCCCAAAUAAAUAAAUAAUCGUAGCAGCUCUUCCUUUUUUGAUGCCUUUGGAAUCAUUCCCAAGAUGCCAAGUUGACUUAAAAAUAAUAAUAAUCAUCAAAAAUUAAUGUCUUGAGGCCUGCUUUCGAUUUUCAUGACACUGUUCUCAGUGGGAAUGACUCGUCCAGAAAGGUGCAGGAACAUCUGGUGCGCCGCGAUCCCAGCAUGCAGAACAUGAAGGCUUCGUGUUAACCUGCGCGUCUCCCCCCAUGGUUUCACGCUGGGAGGCGAAUCCUGCUGCACACAAACGCCGACAAACUCCUCGUAGCAUCAGCAGCCAAGCGGUCAAUCCCCUCACGCCCACAACGACGCAUAGAGACGGUGCAUGGGCGUCCUCGUCUGCUGAAACCGGGAGCCGCGCAUCCUCUGGCCAGGUGUCCACCAUCAAGACGACCCCCCCGUUGUGCAUAUGAGACGUUCUGAUCCAGAUGGGAUGUAAUGUGUGGCUGCACAGCUGAGCACUGGUCUCCUUCUCCGCUGCUUCGUGAAGAUUGGUGUCCGAGAUCGGUGUCCACAGAAUGGCGCGGUUUGGAGACGAGGUACCAUCCAGGUACGGAGGGGGGGCCGGCGGAGGGGGCCCGGGGGGCCGCGGGGGCAGCAGGCAAGGUGGACCCCACGGACACGGCCACGGUCACGGCCACGGGCACGGACAUGGCCCGCCCGGAGGGCCCGGGGCGCAGAGAAUGUACAAGCAGUCCAUGGCGCAGAGAGCCCGGACAAUGGCCCUCUACAACCCCAUCCCGGUGCGCCAGAACUGCUUCACUGUCAAUCGCUCCCUGUUCAUUUUCAGCGAGGAUAACUUCGUGAGAAAAUACGCCAAAAAGAUCACCGAAUGGCCUCCAUUUGAGUGGAUGAUCCUAGCCACCAUCAUUGCAAACUGCAUUGUCCUCGCUCUGGAACAACAUUUGCCCGAUGGAGAUAAGACCCCACUGUCUGAACGCCUGGACGACACGGAGCCGUACUUCAUUGGGAUCUUUUGUUUCGAGUCUGGAAUAAAGAUUUUGGCACUUGGUUUUGCCUUCCACAAGAACUCUUACCUGAGAAAUGGAUGGAAUGUCAUGGAUUUUGUGGUGGUGCUCACAGGGAUUCUGUCCACUGUGGGUUCAGAUUUCGACUUGCGAACCCUUCGAGCUGUGAGAGUUUUGAGGCCGCUCAAGCUGGUGUCUGGCAUUCCAAGCUUGCAGGUUGUGCUGAAAUCCAUUAUGAAAGCCAUGAUUCCUCUGCUGCAAAUUGGCCUCCUCCUCUUCUUUGCCAUCCUCAUGUUCGCCAUCAUCGGGUUGGAGUUCUACAUUGGCAAAUUCCAUUCAACCUGCUUUGACAAUCAUACAGAUGAGAUUCGGGAAGAGUUUCCAUGUGGGACAGAACCUCCAUCCCGGCUGUGUCCAGAGGGGACCACUUGCAGACCAUACUGGUUAGGACCAAACUACGGCAUCACCCAGUUUGACAACAUCCUGUUUGCUAUCCUCACCGUCUUCCAGUGUAUCACCAUGGAGGGCUGGACUGACCUGCUCUACUCUAGCAAUGACGCCUCAGGGAGUGCAUGGAACUGGAUGUACUUCAUCCCCCUUAUCAUCAUUGGCUCCUUCUUUAUGCUUAACUUGGUGCUCGGUGUGUUGUCGGGGGAGUUUGCCAAAGAGCGAGAGCGCGUGGAGAACAGGAGCGAGUUCCUGAAGCUCAGGAGGCAGCAACAGAUCGAAAGGGAACUCAACGGUUACCUCGAGUGGAUCUGCAAAGCUGAGGAGGUCAUCUUGGCAGAUGAUGAAAAUGAAAAUGAGUAUGAUGGUUCUCGAAGGAGAGCCACAAAGAACCACAAGAACAAAGCUGAGCUUUUGAACCCAGAGGAGGGAGAGGGGGAGCUGGGAGUGGGUUCCCCGUUUGCCCGAGCCAGCCUCAAGAGCUCCAAACUGGAGGGGUCAACGUUCAAGCGGCGGGAGCGACGACUGCGCUUCUUAAUCCGACAUAUUGUCAAGUCUCAGGCAUUCUACUGGACCGUAUUGUGUUUAGUGGGCCUGAAUACGAUGUGCGUAGCUGUUGUUCACUACGACCAGCCCGAACCACUUUCAAACUUUCUAUAUUUUGCUGAAUUCAUCUUCCUGGGAAUAUUUUUAACAGAGAUGUGUAUAAAGAUGUACGGCCUCGGCAAGCAGGCCUACCUCAACUCCUCUUUUAACUGCUUUGACUGCAUUGUCAUAUGUGGUAGUAUAUUUGAAGUAUUGUGGUCCAUCAUCAACCCGGGCACCUCCUUUGGCAUCAGCGUGUUACGAGCUCUCAGGUUGUUGAGGAUCUUCAAAGUCACCAAGUACUGGGCCUCUUUGCGAAACCUUGUUGUCUCCCUGCUGAACUCCAUGAAGUCCAUCAUCAGCUUGCUCUUCCUGCUCUUUCUCUUCAUCGUUGUCUUCGCCCUGCUGGGCAUGCAGCUCUUCGGAGGACAGUUUAAUUUCGAAACUGGCACCCCUCCCACCAACUUUGAUACCUUCCCAGCAGCAAUAAUGACAGUGUUCCAGAUUCUGACCGGUGAGGACUGGAACAUGGUGAUGUACGAUGGCAUCAAGUCUCAGGGCGGAGUCAACAAGGGCAUGGCCUUCUCUGUCUUCUUCAUAGUUCUCACACUUUUUGGAAACUACACUCUUCUGAAUGUGUUCUUGGCUAUCGCUGUGGACAAUUUGGCCAACGCACAGGAGCUGACCAAGGAUGAGCAAGAGGAAGAGGAGGCUGCCAAUCAGAAGAUGGCCCUGCAGAAAGCGAAGGAGGUGGCGGAAGUCAGCCCACUGUCUGCCGCCAACCUCUCCAUUGCAGCCAACAAAGUACACAGUGAGUGUCACAACGCAUCCGACCCCUUUCUGGAAUGUAAGGAGCAACAGAAGAACCACAACAAGGGGGUGAAUAAGUCAGUGUGGGAGCAGCGGACCAAGGAGCUGAGGAAGCAGACUCUGGUGACCAGUCGCGAGGCCCUGUACAAUGAACUGGAAGCUGAUGAUCGCUGGAAGGCAAGGACAGGGAGGGAGGAGCACAACAAUGUCAACUUUUCCCGCCACAUUCGUUCUGACAUGAAAACUCAUCUGGAUCGGCCAUUGGUGGUCGAUCCCCGGGAGAACCGAAACAACAACACCAACAAGACCACUGCCAACAACUCGGAUCUCUGUGUCAGUAAGCACCACCCUGCAGAUGAGCUCCACGAGCAAACACAGCUCCACGAGCACCACCACCAAAUAGGAGGGGGUGGUGGCGGUGGCUCCAAUCCACCCAGGCCCCCGAUGGACCGUGGGGAGUCUACAGAAAGUAGGCGUAGCCGCAAAAGUGAGCAUCACCACAAAUCUCACGUCAGACUGGAUGCCACGGUCAUUCCUGGGCCGGGCCCCGAGGAGAGACCGUCCCGACGGCACCACCACGCCCGGAAUGGCAGUCGAGGGGGAGGACAGUCUGAGAACAGGAAGCCCAGGACACACCGAAAACACGCAGAGGAGGGUGAUGAUGAUGGAGGGGGAGCUGUGAAAACGAGGAGGCAUAAGAGCAGAAGGGUGGAGAAAGCUGGAGAAGAAGAACAAGAGGGAGCGGGCGAUGGCCGCGAAAGGAAGCCAGGAAGAAGUCGACAUGGUGCUCAGACGGAAGGAGAGGGGAAGAGAAUGUGCCCUCACAGAAGGAAGGAUUCUAGUGUCCUCAAUCUUUCAACCACCCGGCCCAUUCAAAAGACGCUCUCACGGCAAAACAGCCAGUACAGUGAGGACAUGGACAACCUCAUGAACACCAAGCUCAUUUCUGGCUCUGCACCUCGCAUUGAAGGUCAUUCUAAUCCACCUGUCAGCCGCACUGUUGCUCCCGGCUUUGGUUCUGCCUUCCACUUGGCUCACAGCGGAACUCACGGAAGUCUGGUGGCAUUAGACAGCUACGGAAACAUAGGACAUCAUCGCGCCAGCAGUGUGAUCAGGCUGCCCCACCCAGACUACACAUCGCUGGAUAUGCCCAUCUUUCCAUCAAUCAAUGCCAUACUGCAAGUUAAUAAAAAUGCCAACACAGAACCUUUGCCAGCCAAGGAGGAUAAGGGUGACGAUGACAAUAAAGGAGCAGAAGGAGGACCUAGACCUAUGCCCCCUUAUAGCUCCAUGUUUAUCUUGUCAACCACCAAUCCGUUUCGACGGGCGUGCCACUACAUCUGCACGCUGCGCUACUUUGAGAUGUGCAUUCUGCUGGUCAUUGCCAUGAGCAGUAUUGCAUUAGCGGCCGAAGAUCCUGUCUGGCCUGACUCCCCUCGAAACAACGUUCUUCGCUAUUUUGACUAUGUCUUUACUGGAGUGUUUACAUUUGAGAUGUUGAUAAAGAUGGUGGAUCUGGGGUUGGUCUUGCACCAGGGCUCUUAUUUUCGAGACUUGUGGAACAUCCUUGACUUUAUAGUGGUUAGUGGUGCUCUGGUGGCCUUUGCCUUCACCGGCGGCGGGGGGAACAGCAAAGGAAAAGACAUCAGCACCAUCAAGUCUUUGAGGGUGCUAAGAGUGUUACGACCUCUAAAGACUAUCAAACGUCUUCCCAAACUCAAGGCUGUGUUUGAUUGUGUGGUCAACUCUCUGAAGAAUGUGCUGAACAUCCUGAUUGUAUACCUGCUCUUCAUGUUCAUCUUUGCCGUUGUGGCGGUGCAACUUUUCAAAGGACGUUUCUUCUAUUGCACUGACGAAUCUAAAGAGUUUGAGAGUGAUUGCAGAGGCGAAUAUCUAGUGUAUGAGCGUGAAAAUGAAGUGAAGGCGCAGAAGCGGGAGUGGAAGAAGUACGAUUUCCACUAUGACAAUGUGGCUUGGGCCCUUCUCACCCUCUUCACUGUUUCCACUGGAGAGGGGUGGCCGGAUGUGCUGAAACAUUCAGUUGAUGCGACCUACGAGAAUCGGGGCCCAAGCCCGGGAUAUCGGAUGGAAAUGUCCAUCUUUUACGUGGUGUACUUCGUGGUCUUCCCCUUCUUCUUCGUCAACAUCUUUGUAGCUCUUAUAAUUAUCACCUUCCAGGAACAAGGAGACAAGAUGAUGGAGGAUUAUAGUUUAGAAAAGAAUGAGAGAGCCUGUAUAGACUUUGCCAUCAACGCUCGGCCUCUGACACGCCACAUGCCCAAAAACAAGCUCAGCUUUCAAUAUAAGAUGUGGGAGUUUGUGGUGUCGCCGCCAUUUGAAUAUACCAUCAUGGCGCUGAUUGCACUCAAUACGAUCGUGCUAAUGAUGAAGUAUGACGGAGCUUCUGAAGCCUACGAAGCUGUGUUAGCCAAUCUGAACAUAGUGUUUACCUCCCUCUUCUCCAUGGAGUGUGUACUCAAGAUCAUUGCCUUUGGAGCGCUGAAUUAUUUUAAAGAUGCCUGGAACAUUUUUGACUGUGUGACAGUUCUGGGCAGCAUUACUGACAUCCUGGUUACCGAGCUCGGGAUGGAUAACUUCAUCAACCUAAGUUUCUUAAGGCUGUUCAGGGCAGCGCGCCUCAUCAAGCUGUUGAGGCAGGGAGAAACUAUUCGCAUCCUGCUCUGGACCUUCGUUCAGUCCUUCAAGGCGCUGCCGUAUGUCUGCCUCCUCAUUGCCAUGCUAUUUUUUAUCUACGCCAUCAUUGGAAUGCAGCUUUUUGGAAAUAUUAAAAUUGAAGAAGAUGGAGACAGUGCCAUCAACCAGCACAACAACUUCAGGACCUUCAUACAAGCCCUGAUGCUCCUCUUUAGGAGUGCUACGGGAGAAGCGUGGCAUGAGAUCAUGCUAGCGUGUCUGGGGGGUAAGGAGUGUGACCCCAUGUCAACGAACACAGGGCCAGAGUGUGGCAGCCAAGUGGCCUACCUCUACUUUGUGUCCUUCAUCUUCUUCUGCUCGUUCUUGAUGCUGAAUUUGUUUGUAGCUGUCAUCAUGGACAACUUUGAGUACCUGACAAGAGAUUCAUCCAUCCUUGGACCUCACCACCUGGAUGAGUAUGUCAGGAUAUGGGCCGAGUAUGAUCCUGCUGCCUGCGGCCGCAUACUUUAUAAGGACAUGUACAGUUUAUUACGAGUUAUCGACCCACCUCUCGGCUUAGGCAAGAAAUGCCCUCAUAGGGUGGCCUGCAAGAGACUGCUGCGUAUGGACCUGCCGGUGGCUGAUGACAACACCGUCCACUUUAACUCCACUCUCAUGGCUCUGAUUCGCACAGCUCUGGAUAUUAAGAUUGCCAAGGGCGGGAUCGACAAGCACCAGAUGGAUGCAGAGCUGAGGAAAGAGAUGAUGGCGAUCUGGCCCAACCUCUCCCAGAAGACCCUGGAUUUGCUGGUCACGCCACACAAGUCCACAGACCUAACGGUGGGAAAAAUAUAUGCCGCCAUGAUGAUCAUGGAGUAUUACCGGCAGAGCAAGAUCAAACGCUCCCAAGCCCUUCGUGACGAGCAGAAUCGAACGCCAUUACUGUUUCAGCGCGUGGAGCCUCCCACUCCCGACCAUGACGGUGGUCCGGGACUGAACAACGCUCUGCCUCCACCUGAGACCACAGAUGCCGUCAACAGCCUACCAGUGGAGGGCGGGAUCCCCGAGAGCCAAUCGUGGGUCACCGCUCGUGCUCAGGCGAUGUCCCAGAAGGUUGGCAGCUGGAGCCCAGAAGGACACGCUGAGGACGGCCUGCGGGGCAUGAGCAACUCACAGACGGUAGAGAUGAAAGAGAUGGGGCAGGAUGGUUACUCGGAUACUGAGCACUUUCCGCCAAUGGAAGGCCACGGCAGGGCCGCUUCCAUGCCCCGCCUCCCAGGCGACAACCAACAGCGGAGAAAAGGGAAGCACCGCGGCAGUAAUCUCAGUACGAUCCACGACAACAGCCCCAUGAAACGCUCCGCCUCAUCGCUGGGCCACAGCCGGUCCGGGAGGGGACACAGAGGUAAGGGAGGGGCCGACGAAUACAACACCGAGAGGGCGAUACCGGAGGAGGGGAGGGCUUCCAGGCACGGACACCGGAGGAAAGACAGAAGCCAUCGAGCGUCGGAGAGGUCGCUCUGCCGCUACAACGACGCAGACACAGGUUUGGGCACCGACAACACCCAGUCAGGUGACAAAGACAAGGACCGCGACCGGGACAGGGGCCGGUCCAAAGACCGAAAGCACCACCACCACCAUCACCGCCACCAGGGCUCCCUGGAUAAGGAGCACUAUGUAGCAGAGCGAGGGGGAGAGUAUGGACACAGGCACUCUCGAGACAGAGAGCAGGAGCGCGAGCAGGAGAGGGAACGGGACCGCCGCUGGUCGAGAUCGCCGAGCGAGGGCCGCGAGUGCAUAACUCACAGACAGGGCAGUAGUUCGGUCAGCGGGAGUCCCGUCCCCUCCACCUCGGGGACCAGUACGCCGCGGCGGGGCCGCCGACAGCUGCCUCAGACGCCGUCCACUCCUCGGCCCCACGUCACAUACUCCCCUGUAGUCCGGAAGGCCAUGCCUGCGCCUCCUGGAGGGCCCCAGAGCAGACCCCCCGCCCCGCGCCACUUUUCUCCAGAGCCCCCUCAAGUCCAGGGCCCUCCCCCCGCCGGCCUGCCGAUGGCUCACCAUGGCGCCCCCCGCCAGGGUCACCACCCACCACCAUCCCGCUGGGGAGACGCAGGUGGCGGAGGGGGCUCGGCUGAAGGGGACGGCUGCUUUUACAACCAGGAUUAUGAGCUGCACCAUGAACCGCCUGCCUAUGAGCCAAACCCCAUGCAGGGUGGGAACCCCCACCCGCAUGUCCUGGCUAACCACCCACUGCCACGGCCUGUGCAGAGCCAGGUCCAGCCUGUCGCCCAGCGGCGUCUGCCCAACGGUUACCGAGCCUCAUCGCCUCUCACACACCUCCAUGGACCCCCGCACACCGGGCCUCAGAAGGUUCCCCUUCCAGCGGGGCACCCCAGGGGUCCCCGCAAGGGCCUGCACGAACCCUACAAUGAAACGGAGGAAGAUGAUUGGUGCUAGCCUCUGGGAAUGUGGGAGGAAAAAAAAUAUCGAUAACUGGAGCGAAAGAAAAAAGAAAGCUCUGAGCCAGAGCAGUGACUGCCAAGGGAAACCACAACUUUUCUUUCUCGUCUGUUCUUAUUUUUAUUUUCCUCUUCUCCGUUUCUUGGGGUGUCCCCAAGGAGGCGGGGUUAGACGAAAAGGGUCUGAAUGUCGGGAUGCAGCAGGAACAUUAAAUCUGGAAAAACUCCGACACGCCGCCUCUGCCGGCACAGUCAUCACUCGAUGCCAAAAGAGACGGCGCUGAAAUUCCAGUACUUGCGAUGGACGGAGUGAUGGACACUAUUCUUUGUGUCUUAUUCAUGCCUCUGGCAACGAGCUACAGCCACUAACAAGAUGUCAAGAGUUGCGACUCGAUUCAAGACACUUUAAAGUCAGAGACAAAGGAGCAACCUCUUCUUUUGGUUUCUUAUUCUUUCCUUUUGUUUCUACAGGCCAACUUCUCUUGAGUUGGCUGGAAAAAAAAAAAAAGAUUGAAAUCCAACCCUCCCAACUGAAUAUCGAUGAGUUUUAUCAUCUGUGUUUUUAAAUAAAACUGACAAGGAGCCUCCACCUGUAUAAUGUGAGAAGGCUAAGUGGGUGGAGCGUUGCAAAUGAGCUGACAAGUCACUUUGUCGAAAUCAAGAGGAAAAGGUGUUUAAAAAAAAACCUCAAUCCAGGAUCACAAGAAGGAAAAAAAAAUGGAGUUGGGUUUUAGGAACUCUUUUCUGCAGCAUUUCUUCUACUCCUGCAGCUGCUUCUUCUUCUUCUUCCUCCUCUUCAGAACAUGGAAGCUUGAAUCUUUUGUUGCACCCCACACAGCUUCGAUUUUCCUUUUAUAUUUAUUUUUUUUAGACUUGCAGAGUUGUACGCCCUUUGAAAUCCUUGCAUGAAUGAUACAAAAGAAAAACGAAGAAUCCACUGUCUAGAGGAGAAAAAACAACGCCUCGUUCUGCCCUUUUCUCUUGUCGUCUGUGAGAGUUUCUCUCUUUUUAGUAAAAAAAAAACAAAAACAAAAAAAACAACAAAAAAGCUCUCUGUUUCUCUCUUUGAGCUCUGAAUGACAUUCCUCUCACAAUUCCAAAAUGUUUAAAGAAGGAAAGAAAGUUCUUUUUUUACGUGCACUAAAAAGCUGACAAUUGAGGGCUAUGGGUGGGAUUAGAUAGCUUCUCGGCGGAAUUCUGUUUUUUGCUUGCUCGUCUGUCUGUUUUUGUGCCAAAUGCCUGCCACUCACACAGCUGGAAUUGCACAUAUUUUUUAGUGGAAGUUACCUUUUUUGUAACCAAGACUGUAAUUGGAACCUUCUUUUAAUGGGUAGCAGGGUAUAAACUUUCUUUCGUUCCCUCGUGAGGCGACGGUAGUAGUGAAAUCAGCAACACCUUAAAGUCUUCCAGGGUUUGGGGUUCAAACGUCAGAGAGGAGGAGACCAAUAGAGAGGCACAGAAAGGAGAGAAACUCUUUAUUGUUUAAUUUAUUUUUUUUUGUUAAUGACUAAAAAAUAAUGAUUGUGAGAUUUGCUUUAUUUCCAGUUCAUCGUUUUUCCAACCCUGAUGGACCUCUGACUGUCUGCGACACGAUUGGAAAUUGUGACUGCUAGUGUGUGCCACGUCUUACCUACAGGUGGCGAUGUGGGACAACUUGCAGAAAUCAUCUGUUGAUGCUUUAGUCAAAUUUAUGUGAUGGAGCCGCAUUGUAGCACAUGUCCGACGGGUUGGAGAAAUGAUUUCUGGCUCUCUCCAAGGUCCAACAAAAGAAAAAAAUAUAUAAAUAUCACAUGUUGUGUAUGUGUGUGUGUGUGUUUCACUCCUCUAAUUUCUAUUGGUGUAAUUCUCUGUGUGCCUCAACUAACACUGGUCACAGCACUGUCAGCCCCAACAUCAUUUCUUAAAACAAUUGUAGUUACAUUUUACCUGGAGGCCUAUCACAUGUUGACCAGAGAAUGCAAUGAAAACAAAAGUAGAUAUGGAAAAAAAAAACUGCCUACUAGUGUCUUUCCAGCCUUAGUGGAAUGUCACAGAUGAGAACUUUUCACGUACACACUUAAAAUCAGACUGGUUUGUUUGUAGCUCCUGGUUAUGGUAUGUCAAUUUUUAUUUAUUUAUUUGGAAGUAUGGAUGUUUACGUUUGAAUGUGUCUCUGAAGCGCUCGCUUUAAUUCACGUCCAAAAAUCUCUGAAAUUGUUCUGUCACAUCAUUGUAAUAAUCCACAAAUCUGUGUGUGUGUGUGUGUGCCAUGAAUGAAACAUGCAAAGGCCGGAACAUCCACUUUCCAUCUUUGUGUAUAUGCUGCAGCAAAAUCCACUAACACGCUGAGUAAGCACACAAAAAGCAAUGUAAAGUCGCUAAGGGAUUUUUUUUUUAAGUACAAAAGGUUUAAAAAAAAUAAAAUAAGAAUAAAAAAAAAGAAUUAUAAAUAAAUGAAAUAAUAAAAAUCUAGUUCCAGAAAUGCAUGUGCAAUGUGCAUGCCACACCGUGGGUUAAAUGUCAUCUUCAGGACAUAAAAAGAAAAGCACAUUAAUUAAUUCAGAGGAAUAAAAAAAAAAGAUAUAAAUAGAUGUUUUUUAAGCAAUGUUUCUUUUUUUUCCUUCUAUAUUUUUGAGAACAAAAAAAUGUAAAAAAAAAAAAAAAGAAUAUAAAACAGAAGAGACUUUUAAAGUCAGUCUUGUUUCUUUUCUUCUGUUUGUUGGGGUUGAGACUCACCACGUCCAUGUUCUUGAUGCCACUAAAAUAACUGUUUUUAUUGCAUUGAAGAAAAAAAAGAAAAGAAGAAAACUACAUGCAGAUCAAAAGAUGGUAAAAUCGAACUUUUUUCUUUGGAUGAGGGUCAAUGGGUGCAGGGGUUAGCAAAACCUGUCGACGGAAUUGCUCUAACUGACUGUCGGACCUUUGAUCUCUCAGUCACUCCCUCUUUCUCUGUCUCUCACACUUUUUCCUGUUGCACUCGCCAGUCUCACCGCUAUUUCUACCAGUGCAUUUUGUAAUUCCAAACAGAACUCUUCCUAAAGAAUAAAAAUCCAGAGAGAAUGCAAACU